AUGAAUUACUUAAGAGAGAAGGUCUCUGGAAAAAAGAAACGUUUAAUAUAAGAAGGAUAUAAUCUUGAUCUUACCUAUGUGACUAAAAGAAUAAUUGCAAUGAGUUAUCCUGGAGAAGGAUUAGAAGGUUUAUAUCGAAAUCCAAUUGAUUAGGUGGGUGAUAACUUUAUUAUAAUUAGGUUGCUGCUUAUUUAAAUACACAACAUAAUGCAGAUUAUAUGGUUUUCAAUUUAAGUGGUCGAAAAUAUGACUUUUAAAAAUUUAAAGGAGUUGUACAAGAUUGUUGGAUAUGGAAAGAUCAUCAUUCACCUCCAUUAGAUCUUCUAUUUGAAAUUUGCGAUCUCAUUCAUGGUUAUUUGAAAGGUGAGAUUUAUGCUAAGAAUUAGGGGACAAAAUUAAUGUAGUAGUAAUUCAUUGUCUUGCUGGCAAAGGCAGAACAGGGACAAUUAUUUGUUGUUAUUUACUUUAUACAGGGAAAUUUAAGAGUGUGAAAGAUGUGUUAUAUUAUUAUGGAAAGAAGAGAUUUGAAGAGGAGGGUUUAGGAGUCAAUUAGCCUUGUUAAGUGAAAUAUGUUGAAUACUUCUAUAAACUUUUGUCUAUGGGUUACGUAAUCUAUCCUACUGUUGUUACUCUCAAACGAAUUACAUUUUAGGGAAAGUAAGAUUAAUAAUUGAAUUAAAAGAGCUCCUGCUUUUAAUAUGAAUGGCAGUUGUAAACCAUAUAUGUAAGUAAUUUAAGUGAAAAAUGAUAAGGAACUAUAUUCCACAUAAAAAGAAGCAAAAAAAUAUAAAGGUGUCUCUCAUGAUGUAUUAUAUCUAUAUAAAUUUAAGUUAAAAUUGGACAAAUUAAUGCCUAUUUAUGGAGAUAUUUUAAUAAAAGUAUUUAAUGAAGGAAUAUUAAAAAAAGAAAAAAUGUUUAGAUUAGCAUUCAAUACAGCAUUUAUUGAUGAAACAGCAUAAAAGUAAUUUUUUAUUCUUAGUAUUUAAGUUCAUUAGAAUUUUCAUUACAUGACUUGGAUCCUAGUUAAAUAAUUAAGGAUGAAAGAUUUGAUAAAAAUUUUAAAGUUAUUGUAUAUUAUUCUUUAAAUUAGAUUUAUAGAUCACAAUAGAACCAUGCACAAAGUGUAACAAUAGAACUGAUUUUUAGAUGCUUUGUGAAAUAUGUAAAGCACGUUUGAAAGAAGAAGAGAAAUAAUGGGUUAAAAUAAAUGGAUUAAUAAGUUAAUAUAAAGUGCCUGAUGAUGAUUUAGCUACAGAAUUGUUAUUUAUAAAAAAAGAAUAUGAUGAUGUUGAUGAUGCUAUGUAAUUAAAAAGGACAGAAAAUUCAAAUGAUAGUGAUCCAAAAGAUAGAGAGAUAUUCGAAAAAAGAGUAAGAGCAAAAACAAUUAAAUUUAUAUAAGAAUAACCAUAAUAAUAAUAAUAAUAAUAAUAAUAAUAAUAAUAAAUAAUAUAAUAAGAAGGAUAAAUUUUAUAAGAAAAUGAUAUUCAAAAUUAAUGA